AUGUGUGCAUCCUCCUCGGGCAAAUCACCCAGCCCUCAGCUGGCAUCAUCUCGCAGCUCAGCCACGAAGGAGCAGCAGCUUAGCCAUGUGUGUGUGUGCCGGUGGCCCUGCAUCCAUCCCAUCAGCAAAGCAGAAGCAGCAGAGGGAGCUGCCCUCGUCACGCGCAGAGUGGGCGAGAGGGAAAGGGUGGUCCUGAUGGAUCCAAGCGAAGAUCCAGAUGACAUCUUGCAAGCUAACAGAUCCCAAGGAAAACCAUUUGUAUUUGACAUGGUUUUUGAUCACAGUGCGACCCUGGAGGAAGUACAUGUAUCCACAACCAAAAGCCUGAUAGAAGGAGUCAUUUCUGGCUACAGUGCAACCAUUUUUGCUUAUGGUCCAACAGGAGGAGGAAAAACCUACACGAUAGGGACAGACUGUGAACCAGGGAUUUGCAGCCGUGCUCUGGAUGAUCUCUUUAAGGCCCUUGAAGCUACUACCGAGGAGAUGGAUUACAUGGUCUCCAUGUCCUACCUGGAGGUGAAGUGUCUGUGUUGCCUUGGAUCCAGCCUCUGUGGAGCAGGUGUAAUGGGAAACGGGGAGUCAAUCCACUGAAAUGCAGGAUCAACUCCAACCCCCUUUGCAGAUCUAAGGAAGAUCAUGCAGCUGUUAACAAAAGGAAACAAGCAACGCACUCAGGAACCCACUGCUGCCAACAAGACAUCCUCCUGCUCGCACGCAGUGCUGCAGGUGACAGUGACACAGAAAAGCUGGAGGAAGCCAAGGCUAGAAGUGCGAAUUGGAAACGUUUUCAUGGUCGACUUGGUGAGAUCAGAGAGAGCAGCCCAGUCUCAGAACUGGGGCAAGAAGAUGAAGGAAGGAGCCCACAUCAACCGCUCGCUCCUGGCGUUGGGCAACUGCAUCAACGCUUUGAGCAAGAAGGGAGGGAGCCGGGCCCAGUUUGUCAAUUUUGGAGACAGCAAACUCACAUGCCUGCUCAAGGACUCAUUAGGGGGUAACAGUAGGACUGUUAUGACUGCACAUAUCAGCCCAGCCAGCACCUCCUUUGAAGAAUCUCGAAUGACCUUGAUCUAUACCUGUCCAGCGAAAAACAUCAAGACGCAGGUGAAAUGUAACCUGCAGAACAUCUCCCAGCACGUUGACCAAUACACCAGCAUCAUCACGGACCUCCGCAGGGAGAUUGAGCAUCUGAAGGCAAGGGUCGAAAACCAGGAGAAGGAGAGAAGUGCAGUCAGCUUUGACCUUGGGGAACUGCACGGCAGAGGCAGGAGCAAGAAGUGUUCAGAGAGGCACCAAGGCUCUAACAGUGGCCAAGUCAUGAACACCUUGCGGAUGCAGCUGAUGGGGGCUUUCAGGGAGGAAACGGAGAUGAGUCGCAGCCUGAUGGAGCUGGAAAACACCAACACCUGGGAACGAGAAAAGACUCAGUAUGACAAGCCAGCAAAGGAGGAGAAAGAUGAAAACACAGAGGAGGAAGACAGAGAUGUCGAUAUCAGAGAUUCAUCUGAACCUCACAGAGUUAGAACAGCGAGAGAAGAGAUCAGCCUGCUGCUGGCAGAACAGCGCAAGACGGUGGCCCUGAGGACCGAGCUGGAGCAGCACUUAGCAAGCAUGGAGGAAAAAGCUUCCCAGGUGGAAGAGUUCUUCCCUAGGCACGUCACCAGGCAGGAUCAGCAGGAGGUCCUUGUGUCAGUCAGGAGCUCUACAGAGCUGUGUUUCAUGAAAACGUCAGAAGCUAACCAUUGGACUCCCUCAAGCCCCAAUACAAAUAAAGCUUGUGAGAACCACCUGCACCGAGCUAGACUGUUCCAUCAGUCAAAAGCUGCAACAAAGGUCAAGGUUCCUAUCGGCCACCGUUCAG